AUGAACCGUUAUCGGAACGCUCCCAGCCUACGAGGCCCCAGCAAGGCUUCGGCCAACACUUUAUGUCAAAAGUGCCUAAAACGAGAUAUGUUCCCCGUGACGUCUACUCACGAAUGGUAUCAUACUGACUCUGACCCACGACACUAUAGCUAUGAAUGCAAGGCAACGGCGCAAGAGCGCCCAUACACCGCACGGCCAUCGCGGACCCAACAAUUGCAGAACCCACGAUUAAUGCCCAAACUCUCGACGGAGAACCCGAAUGUCCUACUUCAAACUAAUGGCGUCGCGGAUGGAAUACUGGCCAAACGAGAGGAGGAGCGUGGCCGUAAAAGAGACAUUGAUAAUGAAGAUGCAGACCACCAUACACACUCGCCGAAGCGAGCACGGUCGCUUUCAUCUCAUUCUACAAAUUCUGUCUCCACGAUAUCCACCACCCGUUCCGCUUCAGCGUCGCCUGAUCGCCGGAGUAAACCUAGGGCGCAUGCGAAGGACCGCGCAACCCACUCAGUAUCACCACAUGCCGACAAGUCGCGCAAGAGAAGACUAAGUGACUCUGGCGAGAGCUACUCAGGGUCUUCCUACUCGGGAAUGAGACAUAGAUCUCGGUCCCGAGACUGGGCUGAAGAUAGAAACAUCCGGCGACGACGUCGCGAAAGCAGCCCCUCAGAACGUGGAAGACACAGAGACUCCCGACAGCAAGACCACCGCCGCAGCCCAAGUGUAGACCAUGCUCAAGUCGCAAAGGAGAGACGGUCUAUGACUCCCAGAACUGGCCACGAUCGCUCUGGACACCGGUCGUACCGGGAUCGAGAAAAUCCUCAAGUACAUGCUCAACCAGGACGAUCCAGACAGGAACCUCGGACCAAACCAGAGCCACCCCGAGAACGAAGUAUGAGUCCAUACAGCAAACGUCUUGCUUUGACCAAGGCCAUGAAUUAA